AUGCCUGCACGCUCGAAAAAGAAAAGUGGCAAGAACAGUGGUGCUGUUGACCGAUGGAAAGCCCUUGCUCUGGAUGUUCUCAAAAUAGCCGUACCGGUGUCUAAAGCGAUUCCUUUGGUCGGGAACACUCUUGAAGGUGCCCUUGAAGCUGUUCUGUACAUCAUCGAAGUCAAAGAUCAAGUCAAAACAAAGCGCGAGCAAUGUGACCUCCUAGCUGAUCGUGUCUUGAGUAUCACGGCUGCGAUUACCACAGAGCUCAUGAAGAGUGAUCGGGAAACCCUGGCAAGACGUGAAAACAGUGUCGCAAGUUUGCGGGGUACCUUGCGAGAAGUCAAAGAUCUUCUUGACCACCUGACAUCUGUCUCUCUGAUUCAACGAGUCCUUGAGCGUGGUGAAGUUGAUGGCAAGCUAGCAGUAUUGAAUCAGAAAUUGAACACUGCAAUAGACAACUUCAAUAUUACAGAGCAUAUGCGCUCAGAAGAGACCUUGAACCAAUUACGUGAAGCAGUGCAAGAUAUGCAAAACAAGCAAAAUAUCUUGCUGCUCAAUUCCUUGCUACAGCCAGUUACAAGUGCAAGCUUCCAUGCACACUUGCUUCUUGGUUCAAUGACACAAAUGGCCCCCAGAUUUUUUGGUUAUCAGGUUUAG